AAUAUGGCAAGUGAUAUUGAUACGCUUGUGGGUAUGGGGUUCUCCCUCAAUAAAGUGUAAGGUUUUUUAUUUUAUGUUUUUUAAAUAAACUUGCUGUAGAAAGAAAGCUAUGAAAGCUACUAACGGGGCAGGACUUCAACCUGCUAUGGACUGGUACGAGUUUAUUGUAUAGAUACAGCUUGUAAUUUUUUUCUCUAUUUUUAGGCUUUUAGAACACUCUGAAGUAUCUGACGAACCGGAAGAAGAAAUAACUCCUGCACAAGCUUUAGACACGGCUUCUGAGUCUGAUAAAAAGCAACCCGAAGAAGAAGGUUAGAGCAACAAGCGCAAUACAUAUGACUGAUAUAUAUAUAUGUGUGUGUUUCUAGGCGAAAUAAAACAAGGCGAACAAACAGCCCAAAGUCUCAUUUGUAAUGAUUGUCAAAAGCUUUUCCGUGACGCUACAGGUGCUGAAUUACACGCAACUCGUACAGGACAUCAAAAUUUUGCUGAGAGUACAGAAGCCAUUAAACCUUUAACAGAAGAAGAAAAAAAGGCCAAGCUCGCUGAACUCAAGGCACGCAUGGCAGCUAAGCGUGCUAACCGUGAGCAACAAGAAGCGGAAGAAAGAAAACAAGCUGAGAAAAUCAGGAGAAAAGCAGGUCAAGAAAUCACAAAUGCAAAAGAAGCGUUGGAGGCAAAGGAAAUUCAAAAGGCUUUGGAAAAGAAAAAGAGAGAAAAGGAAGAAGAAAAGAUUGCCAAGGCCAGAGUGAAGGCACAAAUUGAACAAGACAAGAGGGAUCGCGCAGCCAAGAAAGCAGCGAAGCAAGCUCAACAAACGGAACAGGCUCAACAAGCUGAAAUUGCUGCAGCCAAUGCUCCUUCUCAGCCUACGGUAAAAAAGGAAUACAAUGAAGCAAGAAUUCAGAUUCGUGUUCCUGGAUCUGGUCCAAUUACACACACAUUUGACGCGUCAGCAGCGUUACAAGAAGUAGUUGAUUAUUUACAGACACAAGGAUGUAGCAGCUCAUUCACAUUGUCUACCACAUUCCCUAGAAAGACCUUUAGUACUGAUGACCAUCAAAAGACAUUGAAAGAAUUGAACUUGGUUCCAUCUGCUGCACUUGUGUUGGCUUAUGUUUAAUGAUAAUCACAUAUAUAUAUAUAUAUAUAUAUAUAUAAUAAACUUAAUCUAAAAGUGUUUCUUCAUUUGAAUGCUGAAUAAUGGUAUGCUGGUAAGGAGGAGGAUUUGG